UGCCAAUCUUUGGAAACAGAUGCAUGCCUCCAGUCGCUAAUAGCAGCGAGUACUGAACGUUCAACUUUGUUUCGCAUUGCGGGCUUACUGAAAUAUUCUACGAUGAACUAACAGCGAUUAGCACACUAAUGGAGCUUUGGGAUGAGAAGAAAAGAGCCCUAAGGGCACUGGACUACUUUAAAUUUCUCGACAAUGAUCAAAUCGUUACUGCUUGCAGAAUCGGGACUAUUAAGCAAUAUGAACCAUUGGAGACAAUAUAUUAUGAGGAUAAAGGCACCAUAUCAAACGUCCAAUUUGUGCUUAGUGGAGAAUGUCUUUUACUUCAAUGCCUAAAUAUGACGGUCACUUUAAAAAAUGGAAAAAAGAUUUUUCAUCUAAUAGAUGAAUCUGAGGGAGGUAUUUCUUUCAUGAAUACUAUGAAAACACCAUCAAACAGUCAGCUGACUAGUAAAUGUUCUCUAAAUAAAAAUGUAGGAGACAUGUUUGAUAGUUACAAUUCUGGUAUAGUGGAACAAAAAACUAACAAAUCACUCAAGCCUGUGCUUAAAAAAUAUGAAAGCCAUUUUAUUGAUGUUGGAAAACUUACAUUUGGAGCAAUAAUUGGAUUGGGAGAGAACAUGAAGCUUCGUGUAAUAAUGGCGCGAACCAGAGUUCAGUGUUUAGUGCUUCCUAGAUCUUUCUUAUUGGAAGACAACCAAAACCCAGGAAACAUUUGGCAGCGUCGAUUGUUUUAUCUAGAUUGUACUAUCCCAUCAAGGGAAUCUAUAUUUUCCCACUUUCUCAAAUGUCGUGAAUGGAAACAAUUUAAAUACAAUAUUAUUCAAAAAGAUUUUAGUUCGUUUGUAAGUGAUAAAUCUCGCUAUGAUGAUAUACCAAUUAUAUGUCGUAUUGUGGAAGUAAAUGAAGAUGACUCAAAUAUUCAACUAACUAAAUAAAGGCCGGAUCGACCAUUAAUAUAUACUUUAUGUGGUCGAAAACGCCUCGUACAAUAUGUUAGAAAUCUAAAAACACCUCCCAAAUCUACAAAAAUCAUUCAGAAUUUUUGCCGACAUACAUACAUACAUAUGUAUAUCGUGGUAUCGAACAUUUAAACAAGGCUUGGCAACUUAGCAUUUAGGGAACACGACGUUAUAUGGCAUAGAUUAGGUAAGAAACCAUUAGUUGGGUUGGUCAACCCAGGUCAAGGUCAGUUGUAUGCAAAUUCGCCCAUUGUGGUGUCCAUCAUUGUUAGUGUCUUUAGAUGAAGGAGGUUUUUGAAACAUCCCAACGCUUCUAUGAAGAGUUCCAGGACUGUAAUGAAGCCCCAACCUACAUAUGUACAACCUAGAGAAAAU